GUGUUUGCGAGGGCAGCUGGUGCACAGAUGUCAGGGCAGCACUAACGGACAAGAGAUUGCCACUUAGCACAGUCGCGGUAGAAAAAAAAAAAAAAUCAUCCGGACGCAACCUGACGAGGCAAAGAUGGUGACGGUCGACACAAAGGCGCUGACGUCCCCCGUGGGCAUCGUGAGGAUACUUGAGGUGGUCUUCACCUGCAUCUCCUUCAGUCUGGUGGCCUCCUUCCUCCACUCCACGGACUCUUUUUGGACAUGGUGCAUGUUCACCUGGUGCUUCUGCUUCGCCGUCACCAUCCAAAUACUUUUACUGAACUUCUUCAGCCUGGGACCCAGGUUGCCUAUCUCCUGGGAGGACUUCACCACUGCCUUCGCCAUGUUGGCCACGCUCAUGCUGCUGAGUACGUCCAUCAUCUACGCCACCCUCUUCACCUGCUCCAGUUGUCCCAAACAGAUCGCCGCCAGCGUGACUUCCUUCCUGGCCUUCAUCUUGUACGCCGUGGAGGUCGGCUUGACCCGGGCCCGACCCGGAGAGAUCAGCGGAUUUCUGGCAACGGUCCCGGGUCUCCUGAAGGUGCUGGAGGCCUACGUGGCUUGCAUCAUCUUUGUCUGCUUGCAGUACAUCGGCUACCAGGCCUUCCCGGGGCUGCAGUGGUGCGUCGCCGUCUACUCCAUUUGUUUCAUCUUCGCGGUGGUGAUCAUCAUUUGUACCAUCUGCCGACUUUUGGCCCUCUUCCCUGCCCCGUUUGACAAAGUUCUCAUCGUGUGCAACGUGCUGGCCGUUCUGAUGUACAUCACCGCUGUGGUCCUUUGGCCCUUUUACAUCCUCAAGGAUAAUCCCAGACCGUCAAUCUGUGAUCUAUUUCCAACAUCCUGUGUAUGGAAUUUGUAUGUUGUCGUCACGGUUCUGACCUGUAUCAACCUCAUCGCUUACAUCGUCGAUACCUAUUAUUCCUUCCGGCUUGUCUUCUUCACAAGUAGAACCUAAAGUGUUAAUCCAAGUGUGUUAUAAACUCUGCUUUGUACAUCAUGGUAAACAUUUAUGGAUUUUAUUUAAAUGUAAAAUCAUAUUAAAUAUAUAUGCUUUUCAUGCGAUUGAGGGCGCUUUCCCAUGAUCACAUGUGUUGAUGAAUAAAACGUGAGGUUUUCAUGCAAGUGAA